AUGCACUGUCCACACCAUUCAAAGGUCAAACUCUUCAGCCCAGCCGACAGCGUCAUGCUGCUGAUCGACCACCAACAGGGUACCCUGAAUUUCUGCCGCAACAUCCCUCACAAGAUGAUCAUCCAGAACACCCGCGCCUUGGCCCGUUUCGCUGCUGCCCUGCACAUGCCGGUGGUCCUCACCACCAGCCAGGAGGAACGCGCCCAGGGCCCGCUGAUCCCCGACCUCAAAGAGCUUCUCCCGGAAGCAUACGACGCCCGGGUCAAGCGCACCGGGGUGGCCAACGCCUGGAACGAUCCAGCUUACCGGAAGGCGGUGGAGACGGCCGCCCGCGGGCGGAAGAACAUCAUCAUGGCAGGCCUGACGAAUGAUGUAUGUAUUGCGUAUCCGGCCGUGAGUAUGUGCGAAGCCGGGUACCACGUGAUGGUGGUGCAGGAUGCCGGGGGGAGUCCCAGCACGAUGGCCGAUGAGAAUGCCCGGCGGUUCUGGGAACGGGCAGGGGCACGGACGAUUACGGUGAAUGCGCUGGCGUGUGAGAUGGGCAAGGACUGGAGUACACCCGAGGGCGGAAAGAUGAUCGGGAUUGUCAUGGAGGAGAUUAUUGGGCAUCUGGAUGAGAUGGCGAUUAAAUAA